UUUUGAUGAUCGAUGUUUCUGUCCGGAAGAUUGUCGUGUGACACAUGACAACAAAAAUACGGAAGAAGCGAGAAUCAGCUGACAUACAUCUACAUUUUGUUGUGUCUAACUACGUGCAUUAUGGAGGACCAGGAGAUGCAACUGAAAGUGAGACGAGUUAGUGAUAAAUUCACGGAGAGCAUGUACGUGCUAGCUAACGAGCCGUCAGUGGCUCUGUACAGACUGCAGGAGCACGUCAGAAGGUCCCUGCCCGAACUGGUGCAACACAAGACUGACAUGCAGAGCUGGGAGGAGCAGAGUCAAGGAGCUAUUUACAGUGUAGAGUAUGCAUGCAGUGCUGUGAAGAGCAUGACGAACAGCAGCUUGUAUUUCAAAAACAUUGACGGCCUCCUUCGUCAGGCCAUCAACAUGAAGGAACAGAUUAGCAACUCUCAAGGACGCAGCUUACAUGAUGUCCCUCCACAUGCCCAGCCCACUUCCUCAUGACCUCUGGACUGAGGAAGGAAAAGGACUAUGGACUCAGGCAUGCUAAAGGAAGGGGGAGAGAAGCACAACUCUGGGAUGUGACGUGACUUCCUGAGUUGGGUGUGUUGCAUCUACAGUCUCUUGCUCCACUACCUUUUGAUUGAGGCUGAAAGUGGGGUCAGAAGGCCGACACCUCCUCAUCACAAUGGAGUGGCUGCCUCCAGUGACCCCCCCCCCCAGUACAAGCCGCUCAGUGGAACAGGGCACCACAGCGCUGCCAGUUUCAGCAUUAAAAACACUUAAGUCAUGGACGCUGCUCAAAGAAUGCAUUGUUCUCGUGGACUCGCUGGACAAACCAGAGAGAAAGCAGCCGUGCUGGUUCUGCCCCUGCUGUUGAAAACCCAUAGCACAGCCAAUGUUUUGGGCACUACUUUUUUAGUCUUUGUGAAUUUGUUGUCAAAAACUAGGAUGUCCCAUGCAUGCAAAUUAUAAAAGCUAAACUCACUUACACAAGGAAAAUCUGCUACAAGGCAAACUUUAUUUAAGGAUUAAAUAUAUAAACUGCCAUGUUUUUAAAAGGAACCUUAAAAUAAACAACUACAAUAGCA